AUGAGCAGGAUAGAAUGGUUAUUUAAAUUGGCACAUCCUGCUACUUUGUAUACAAAUGCACAUUUAUCUCUAAGUUUUAUAUCUCCUAGUGUUGUUCAUGUGGUCGUAUGUUUUGUUCUGUUAGGUAUUUGUGCAUCAGAUUAUUUAUGUCCUAAUGUUGCAGCCAUUGCAGAUUCAAGUUAUUCUGAUCAAUAUGUGACUAGAAAUCAGGUACGAAAUACGGGUGCUCUGAUGGCAGUACUAUUGUCCUGGUGUAAUAGUUCUCCAGAUUUGUUUUCUAACUUAGUCAGUUGGACCACUUCAUCCUCGCCUGCUGCAGCGGCAUUAUCUAUCGGUGAAGUAUUAGGUGCGUGCGGGAUCAUACUAUGUGUAGUAGAAGGUUCGAUAUUCAUUAUAAUGUCCUCGACUACUAUAUCUAUAACUAAUAGUCAAAGAAAUAGUAUCCUAAAGGAUUUGUCUUUUACAGCUGUUGCUAUGUUAAUUAUGACCUAUGUUGCAAUUCAAAAUAAAAUUACGGUAUUCAAUUGUAUGCUAAUGAUGAGCGUGUAUGCGAUCUACAUUGUAAUAAAAUUGACUCCUCACAAAUACCAGGAUAAGAUAAUUGCAGCUAUUAAUAGUAAUACCGGGGUAGCUACGCAAGAUACUAUACCGUCAGUUCAAAAUGAUACCAAUGUGGAUGUUGCAAAUGAAUUCUUGGAUCAAGAAGCAUUAUUAGCUGAUGAUGAUCUCCAAUCGUUUAGCUCUACACAUAUAAGACCAGGGAUUAAACCGAGUCUUAUCUCUGUCAUGGACUAUAACAGUCUAUUGGGAAUGUUAGAGAAUUCAUCUUCUGUUCAUAAUGAAGCAUCUCAUGAACAAGCAGAAAUGGUAUCCAUGCAAGGAAACAGUUUUAUUCUGCCGUCCCAGGGAAGUAAUAACAGCAGUAAUAAGAGACCUGUUUCAGAACCUCCGGCUCAUUUAUCUAUUCCAACCAUAGAAAUUAGUGAUACAGGAUCUCUAAAUACAUCUCCAAUUGACUUUCAUCCAUAUUCAGAUAAUCCUGAUAGUGAAUUAGAGUCCGAGGUUCAUUCUGUGACACUGAACAAUACAAACAUUACAAAAUUAUUAUUAAGAAGCAAGAAAUAUAGAAAUUUGACAUUAAAGUUACUUGCUCCACAUUUAAUCAAUUAUAAAUCAAAAUCAAAAGUUGAUCGUAUCUUAUCAAUAUUGGCUAUACCGUUCGUACUUGUCUUACAAAUUGCAUGUCCAAAAAAUUUAGAGAUUAUGGAAUAUGAUGAUAUAAAUUCAAAAUAUACUUUAAUAAGAUCCCAUAUUAUUGUUUUUUUGAUUCAAGCAAUUUGUAGUCCAGCUAUAGGUUUCAUUGUCGUUUCGUGUCUUUCAAAUUUCGAAUUUGCUAAUUUUUUUUGGUUAUUCCCAGUCAGUAUUACAAUCUGCAUAAUAACGUUGAUAAUAGUUUUUUAUCAAUAUGUGAAAUUACAUAACAAGUUUUCAUUGUUUGAACAAACUUCUGUAGAGGCAGAAGAAAAAACUAGGAGACGUCGUGAAUUGGAAAGACUGCACGACUCUAUUCAGUUAAUAUUCAUAAGCAUAGGUAUUAUAAAUGCCAUCCUUUUUAUUUCCAUGAUUGCAAACUCUUUGAUAGAGAUGAUGGAAUUAUAUCAAAUCAUUACAGGUAUAUCCAAGGCAAUUCUAGGUCUAACCAUAUUCGCAUGGGGUAAUUCUAUUAGUGAUUUGAUCUCAAAUAUUGCAAUGUGUAAAUUCUACUUGAAGGUACCUCACCAAGACGAUUUGGAGCAUAUUCAAGCUGUUGCCACUAAAUUUUUUGUUAUAUCAUGUACAUCCUGUUUAGGUGGUGUCAUGUUGAACUCAAUGUGUGGUAUUGGUCUUAGUGCAUUUAUCGCUAUGGUAUUUGUGCAUGACCAUUCAGGACAAUGGUGGUUCUUCUUAUCAAGAAAUUUGGAAGAUGCAGGAUCAGAAAAGCAUUAUAACGCAAAAUUUGUUGUUCCCUGUCUUUUCAUAAUAUUACAAGUCAUCUUUUUGCUAACUAUAUUUGGAGGUCCAAGAUAUAUCACCCAAUGGACUAACCAACAUAGAAGGACAGUAGGUCUGACUAUGUGUGGAAUAUGGGGGGUGGCAACUUUAUUUAAUGUAUUCAUUGAAAUAUUUAGUUAA